AAACACACUACGCAUUUUGACCUCUAGCCACCGUAACAUCAUCAUCAUCAUUUCUCUCUCCCUCUCUCAUAUACACAGGAAAGAAACGUUUGAAUUGCCCGUGCUUAUCCAGAAUUUAGGCUUCUUAUACCUUUUUACGGUUUAAAAUUCCCAGAAACUUGCACCAUACAAGAAUUUAACACAACCCCAGAUUGCACUCCAGAAAGAGCUGCGUUUCAUCGACUUAAAGUUUCCAUUUUUAUGGCCUCUCCUGCACUAACAAGAUUCUUUAUCAUCUUCACUUUGCUUCCCGUAUUCACAAAUUCUAUCCCCUUUGUUGUCUUUCAUGGCAUUUCGGAUGGUUGUGACAAGAAAGAAGUCAAAAAGCUCACUGAACUUUUAAGCGAGUGGUCUAAUACUCAAGGAUAUUGCAUAGAAACCGGAAAUGGAGUCUUGGGUUCUUGGUUUAUACCCAUUGACAAACAGACAGAGAUUGCUUGCGAAAAGGUGAAAAAUAUGAGUGUACUCAGAGAAGGUUACAACAUCAUUGGACUUUCCCAGGGAAACAUGGUUGGGCGUGGAGUUCUUGAGUUUUGUGAUGGAGCGCCUCCAGUGAAAAACUACAUAUCGUUAGCAGGUCCUCAUGCUGGGGAAGCAUCCCUCCCACUUUGUGGUUCGGGUUUGAUGUGCACUAUUCUGGACCGUUUUACGCAGUUGGCUGUUUAUAAUGAUGCUCUCCAGGAAAACCUGGCUCCACCAAAUUACAUCAAGAAUCCCACUGAUCUUGAUGCAUAUCGAGAAGCAUGUAAAUUUCUCCCCAAGUUAAAUAAUGAGUUUGAAAAAAACGCUACAUACAAAGAAAGAUUUAGUAGCUUGCAAAAUUUGGUGCUUAUAAUGUUUGAUAAAGAUUUAGUUUUGGUACCCAAAGAAUCCUCUUGGUUUGGGUACUUCCCUGAUGGAGCCUGGGAACCAAUACUUCCAGUACAAGAGACCAGACUAUAUAUUGAAGACUGGAUUGGCUUGAGGACGUUGGAUGAGGCUGGGAGGGUCACAUUUGUAAAUGUGUCAGGUGGACAUCUUGAUAUUACUGAUGACGAUAUGAAGAAGUACGUUGUCCCAUAUCUAGUAAAUGAAGCACCUGAGAAUGGGAUUCUAAUAGAAAUGUCUCGAGAGUCUACCACCGUAACAAUUAAAUUUUGAUGCCACGGGUUUUAUCAGAAAAUUUGAUCGGUGGAUAACAUGAUCUUCAACUAAACGUUGUGUUUCACUUGUGGUAUGAUUUAUUUUUUGUUCAUGAAUAUUUCUCUUUUCAAAUAGGC